GUAGGGAGUAUUUUCAUUUCUCUUGGCAUAUUUCAGCUCAAUCCGGAUGUUAGCGCAUUCCAGCGAAAAUUUGUCAAUGAAGUACGUCGCUGUGAUGAAAUGGAGCGAAAAUUAAGAUUUCUGGAGCGUGAAAUAAAGAAAGAUUCAAUACCAAUGCUGGACACUGGUGAGAAUCCGGAUGCGCCACAGCCCAAAGAGAUGAUUGACCUGGAGGUGAUCUUUGGCAACAUUUGA